CUCAGAUUUCUCCUACUUUCGUCUACUUAGCCUUAGAUUCUCCUUGAAAAUCUUUGGCUAGGUUUCAAUGGGGCAACAACAAUCGAAAGACGAAUUGCUAUAUCAGCAAGUCAACUACGGUAACACCGAAGGCAUCAAAGCUCUUCGCUCCGACGGUGCUGGCCUUGAGUGGAUUGAUAGCGAAGGGAAGACUCCAUUGAUUGUGGCUUGUAUGAAUCAGGAACUUUAUAAUGUUGCCAAGACUUUGAUAGAAUUGGGUGCUAAUGUGAAUGCUUAUCGUCCUGGACGCAAUGCUGGGACUGCUUUACAUCAUGCAGCAAAAAAGGGCCUUGAACAGACUGUCAAAUUACUUCUUUCACAUGGAGCAAAUGCAUUGGCGAUGAAUGAUGACUGUCAAACACCACUUGCAGUUGCUAGAGUCAAAGGGUUCAGCAAUGUUGUCCGUGCAAUUGAGAGCCAUCUCUGUUUGUUCUCUGGUUGGCUGCGGGAGCUUUACGGGCCGGGCUUUCUUGAAUUACUUGCUCCUCAGUUGCUUUCAAGAAAAAUUUGGGUGGUUGUUUUACCAUGCGGUUCCCGGAAUCUUUCUAAACCAUUCAAAUUGGAGCUUGCUGUAUAUAAUAAUUUACAGGUUGCCCAACCUCGCUUACUUAUUGCACUGUGGAAGGCUAACAUGGAGGAACCGAAAUUUAACCACCCUGACCCAACAGUGAUCAUUUCUGACAAUUCCACCAAGACCCGCAUUAAACUUGCAGCUGCCAGUGAAAGCGAUGUACAACAGUUGCAGAGAUUUUGCAAUGCGUGCAAAGGAAUUCCUCAGGUAAUGCAUCCGUCUUUUCCUUUCAACACCCAAGCUCCUGCUAUUCCAGCUACUGCCCCACCAAGUGCAGAGGAUGAAGAAGUAGCAAUGGCAAUCAAUGCCUCCCUUCAGUCCUCUAUGCAAGAGAGACCACCUCUUCCUGAUGCUCACCCAGUCUAUGAAGCAAAUGAUUCCACCACUUGGACUAAUCCCGUAGAUUUACCCAGUCAGAGUGGUGGCAGUGCAAUGGGACCUCUUCCUUCAAAAGGAAGUAGCAGUGAAUCGGAAAUCCAGGAAGCCGGUCUGAGUAGCACUCCAGCUCAGCAUAUCCACACCCACAGUGACAUAUCUUCUGCUGUCCAAACGAUGCCUGAGAGUCCUGUCCCAGCCUCAAUCCCUUCAGCCCCACCUAUUGCGGAUGAGGUUCUAGUUGAUGGUCCGAUACAUUAUCCAACAAUUGAUUUCAGCCCUGUUGACAUAUCUUCCCCUGUCAUAGAGCCUUCACCUGCUAGAGAAGAUGAUAAGAAAGAAGAUACGGGUGCUUCUUCAUCGUGUGUUAUAUGUUUGGAUGCUCCAGUUGAGGGGGCUUGCAUCCCAUGUGGCCACAUGGCUGGAUGCAUGUCUUGUUUAAGCGAGGUUAAAGCCAAGAAGUGGGGUUGCCCUAUUUGUCGUGCCAAGAUCAAUCAGGUUAUACGUCUGUACACUGUUUGAUUGUUGAAGCAGGAUAUGAUGAAGCUCUAUAUGGUAAGUUACUUUGGCUAUCUGAGAGAGACCUUUGGUAUCUCUCUUAAAUUAUGUGAAUGGAAAGGAUACAGAGAGGCUUAUGUGAAGAUGAGUUGUAAUCAUACUCACAUAUUGAGCAGACUGGUAGUGCAAGAUUGCAACAUACCAACUUGCUGGUUUAUAGAAAUUGGGUAAAAUCAUUUCUUUUUAUACUGUUGUAUAUUGAAAUCGAGUCCAGCUCAUCCUCGCCUUGUUGAUAUAUUUCCUAUAUAUCGAGAUAUGUGAGUAAAACUGUAAAAUUUCUUCUGUACCGGUACAAUUGAACUCAAGAUUGAAAUUUGUAUUCCGCGGUUGUAACUAUGUUGUAUAUCUCUAUGUCGAACAAGUUGGGAUCCUUUGUACUAUAUAAUUCGGUGCUUGGUUGCUGUUUU